GCGCCCCCGCCGGCCCAUUGUGCCGUAACCGACCGACCGGACCAUUAGAAAGGUGCGAAAAUGUCGUGCAAAAAUUGGGGCUUUUGCGAUUUGUCGGUUAGCAGAAAUUAUGAUUUAAAAUAUUUGGAUCUGUUUGAGAAAUUUGGGUUUAAUACUAUAGCCCUUAACUCUCAUGUGGAGGAAUCCAGUGACGAGCCUAAGAAGAAGAAAAAGAAAGGAGAAAUGAAAGAAAAGAAAGACUACAUACCUGCUCCUGUCGACAUCCCAAAAGAAAUUGUGGCCUCUACUAAUCUAAAUAUUCUACAAAGGGUAACUAUAGAACUCUCUGAUGCAAGUUCUUCUUACAAACUUACUAAUUCAGAAAACCUCAAAAAAUAUGACAUCAUUGCUGUAGUACCUAAAACACUGCAAGCAUUUCAAUUUGUUUGUAAUACUAUGGACUUUGACAUAAUUACCUUUGAACCAGAGACACGACUUCCAUAUAAAAUAAGCCGAAAGUUGUACAGACUAGCUAUAGAAAGAGGUAUGUUCUUUGAACUUAUGUACGCUCCAGCAAUUAAAGAUUCUACAUCAAGAAAGAAUAUAAUAAGUACCGCACAUACAUACCACGCCAUAGGUAAAUCAAAGAAUAUCAUUUUAACUAGUAGUGCUGAAAAUAAUUUGCAAGUUAGAGAUGUACAUGAUGUUAUUAAUCUAGGCUUUAUUCUUGGUUUAAAUAACAACUAUUGCUUGGAAGUCAUACGGAAUAACUCCAGAAAGUUAAUUUUAAAAGCUGAAGGAAGACAGCGAGGAAAGUUUUAUUUGAAUGUGGAGAAUGAAAUAAAUGAAUAACAAAUUUUGUUUUGUCUUAUAAUUAAAAACUGAAUAGCCAUAUUGAUAGAUUAAAUUUAGAGCGUCAGAUAUGCCGUACGAAAUUUCAAUACUUAAUUCACCUUACUGUUAUGUCACACUAUUGAUAAUAUUGUUACACAGUGUUAUAGAAUGAUAACAGUUGCAUCAAUGCAAAUGGACCAUUGCUUUUUUGUUCUUUUGAAAAAAUUACAGUGUUCCGACAAUCUGUAC